GAGAGAGCCAAAGCCAAGGCGUUAUAUACUGUAGUUUGAUCGCUAGAUUAUCGGCUUAGGAAGGUACGACUCCGCUUCUGAUGCAAUGGAACCCUUGACGGGGAGGGCCGAGGGAGGAGGCCCGCUCCUCUCCUGCCCUCUCCAUAGUAGUGUAGAACCGAGUUAAAUAACUUGAUGGGUUCCCCCGAGCGAGUCUCCGUCUCUACGGCUGUUCAAGUUUGAUCCCUUUCCGAAUUUCCCAGAAACACCAAGCAGAGGGAUUCACCAUGACGCAAACAGAGAAACACGACAACAUCCUCCAGACCGACCUGCUGAUCGUCGGCGCUGGACCAGCGGGUGCUGCGUUGGCUUGCUUUCUUGCUGCUCAUGGACGAACCGGCAUCUUGAUCGCGGCCGCUCCCGGCACUGCGGAUACACCACGAGCUCAUAUCACCAAUAUGGCUGCUCUUGAAUGCCUACGAGACAUCGAACUGGAACAAGAAUGCAGAAACGCCGGGACAGAUAGCAAGCACAUGGAGCACACGCGGUGGUGUCGUAGCAUGGCGGGCGAAGAGUUUGCGAGGGUUUGGUCGUGGGGUCAUGAUCCGAAGCAUAAGGGCGCCUACGAAGCCGCCAGCCCGUGCGACCACAUCGACCUGCCGCAAACCCUCCUCGAACCCAUCCUGGUCAAGCGCGCCACCCACGCCGGCUGGACCGUCCGCUUCAACACGCGCUACGUGCGCCUCUCGCGCCCAUCUCCGGAUGUUAUCCUCUCCGAAGUCCUCGACGAGCUCACGGGACAGACCUACUUCAUCCAGUCGCGCUACCUCUUCGGGUGCGACGGUGCCCGCAGUCAGGUCGUCCGCGAGUUGCAGCUGCCCCUCAUCAAGAAGCCUGGCCAGGGGUUGGCGCUCAACGUCUUUGCGCGCGCCGAUCUGUCGCAUCUGAUGGAGAAUCGGUCGGGAAAUCUUCAUUGGGUGAUCAACCCUGAGGAAGAGGAGUACCCGGCUUGGGGCAAGGAGUGCAUUGUUAGAAUGGUCAGGGCGUGGGACGAGUGGAUGUUUAUCUUCUUGCCCCAGCCGGGAACCGAUUUGAAGGCGGAUGAUAUGAGCGCUACCAACGAGGAGUACGUGGCGCGCGUGAGGAAGGUGAUUGGGGAUGAGAAUAUCAAGGUGACGCUGCUGCAUGCGAGCAAGUGGUGGAUUAACGAGGUGGUUGCGGAGCGGUAUUCCGAUGGUGGGAAUGUGUUCUGCUUUGGCGAUGCGACACAUCGGCAUCCGCCGUUUAACGGGCUGGGAAGCAAUACCUGCAUCCAGGACGCCUUCAACUUGGCGUGGAAGGUGGAUUAUGUCAUGUCUGGCAAGGCGGGCAAGCAGUUGCUGGACAGUUUCGACAAGGAGAGGCAGCCGGUCGGCGUGGAUAUCGUGACCAGGGCGAAUCAAGGGUUGCGCGACCAUUUUGGGUGGCAGAAGACGUUGGGCUUGCUGGAGGACGACAAGGAGAAGGUGGCGGAGAUCUUGGCGGAGUUUGAGGACCCUGGUGAGAAGGGCCGCCUGAGAAGGAAGGCGUUCCGUGACGGGAUCGAGAAUACCACAACCGAGUUCCACGGGCUGGGCAUCGAGAUGAACCAGAAAUACGUGUCGAACGCGGUAUAUCUAGCAGAUCAGGGAGAGGCGCCGCCUGCGCCGAAGGAUGCGGUCAGGACGCUCCAGGUUACUACGUAUCCCGGACGCAGGCUGCCGCAUGCUUGGUUGAACACACGGGUGCCUGGGAAGAAGAUGUCGACGAUUGACUUGGCGGGACAUCGGCGGUUCUGUUUGCUUACCGGACCAGGCGGACAGGCGUGGAAGGACGCGGUGAAGGCGGUUGGGGAGAAGUUGGGUGUCGAGGUUGUCGCAUACUCGAUUGGUUGGAAGCAGGAUUACGAGGAUGUGUACUUUGACUGGGCGGAGAAGAGAGAAGUCGAGGAUGAUGGGUGUGUGUUGGUGAGGCCGGAUCGGUUUGUGGCAUGGAGGAGUAGGUCGGUGAUUGAGAAGCCGGAGGUGAAGCUAGAAGAGGUUUUGAGGAAUGUUUUGUCGCUAUAAGCUUUUGGAUAUAAUCAAGCGGUAUCGUCGUCGGUUCUAGUCGCAUCUUGGGUUUCUGUGGUCGUUGCGCGGAUCAUGUCUUGUCUCUCAAUAUCUCCGCAUUGCGGCACAGAGUUGCAAGCGGGAGUGUUCUGUGACUGCAACACCCAUACUCGGCCAAUAUCGAUGCCGGCACUGAAACAGAGUGCCGAUAGCCGUUGCGGAUGUCACCCUCGCAUUCUUCCAAUCCUUGCGACAGAACACCAUCGUGGUUGCGCAUCAGUGUCGCAUUGGUCAGCCAUCACCGCAUCUCGAUAUUCGCUGGGCAAUCGACAGGAUGAAUCACACAAGUCGGGCAUCGAAUGUUUUGUUGGCGCAAGGCUCGGCAUCAUGAAGAAAAAAAGCCUGAUCCCAUGACUGCGGAAAACCAAUGAUUAUCCGUCA